CUCCUUUGGCUCAUCAUGCAUCGGACGACGAGGAUCAAGAUUACCGAGCUCAAUCCUCACCUCAUGUGCGUUCUGUGCGGGGGUUACUUCAUCGACGCCACCACCAUCAUCGAAUGUCUGCACUCCUUUUGCAAAAUGUGCAUCGUCCGAUACCUGGAAACAAGCAAAUAUUGCCCAAUCUGUGACGUGCAAGUGCACAAAACCAAGCCUCUGCUCAACAUUAGGUCUGACAAAACUCUGCAGGACAUCGUGUAUAAACUGGUCCCAGGCCUGUUUAAAAAUGAAAUGAAGAGGAGAAGAGACUUUUAUGCUGAACACCCUGUGGAAGCUUCUAACGGCUCCAACGAAGACCGAGGCGAGGUGGCAGAUGAGGACAAGAGAAUAAUCACGGACGAUGAGAUCAUCAGCCUCUCCAUUGAGUUCUUUGACCGGAGUGCCAGACUGACUGGUGGACUUGAGGACAAGCAUUCAAGCAAAGAUCAGGUGUGCACAUUUUUCGCUUCGACUUGA